CACAGUUAGUCCCGGAUCGGCGCGUGGGACAGUGUGGGUCUUUCUGGAUGAGGAGACAGCAGCGUCCUGCCCUCGGCUUGAGCAAUGCUGAGAAGCUGCGCUAUGCGCCUGCGCACCCUUGGAGCCACGCCUGCGAGGUGGCCUGGAGCAGCGAGGAGGUUAUUUUCUUCUGAGAAAGUCAUUCGUAAGGACUAUGCUCUCCCUAACCCCAGCUGGACUCAGGACCUCAGACUCCUUUUUGAUCAGUUCAUGAAGAAAUGUGAAGAUGGCUCCUGGAAACGCUUGCCUUCACACAGACAAAACCCUGCUCAAGUUCUUCAAGAGUUCCAAGCCCUUUUUGUUGACUCAAAGUUUAAGAAAGAAGAACAAAUGUCAAAGGCCCAACAGUUCACCAGAAGUUUCGAGGAAGGGCUAGGCUUUGAGUAUGUGAUGUUCUAUAAUACCGUUGAGAAGAGGAUAGUCUGCUUGUUUCAAGGAGGUCUUCACCUGCAAGGAGUACCUGGAUUUGUUCACGGAGGUGCCAUUGCAACCAUCAUUGAUAUCACUACUGGCAUGUGUGCAAUUGCCGAAGGUGUUGCCAUGACUGCCAACCUCAACAUCAACUAUAAAAGACCUAUCCCCCUUCUUUCUGUUGUUGUGGUAAAUAGCCAACUUGAAAAAAUUGAAGGAAGGAAACUUUUUGUUUCCUGUACUAUUCAAAGUAUUGAUGAGAAGACUUUACACGCAGAGGCAACAGCCUUAUUUAUAAAGCUGGAUCCUGGCAAACCUUUGACAUAAGAACUUGUGGUGAGUUCCAUGCUGUUCUGCAUGAGGCUCUCCCCCUCCAGAAGCAGCACCUGUCUCCACUCCUGACCCAGCUGCCGAAUCCCCCAGGGAAGCCUGCUCACACAGACCCUUCAGAACAGCCUCUGAAAUAUGGCUGCUGGAAUUCACUCUCCACCUUCGGGAUUUUUUUGUAAGAAGUACUUCCCGGGAGAGUCUCGACAACGAUCUGUAUCUCCCUAGGACAAAUGUUUGAUUCUAACAUGUGAACAGACUUUAAAGCUAACAAGCAUAGAACCUGCUCUGCUGUGGACUGCAGAAGAAAAAGACA